CUAUCGGUUACAUAUGAGCACCAUAACUACUAUGUCGCUUUUAGAAACUAGGAGCAGUCUUUACUCUAUCGAUUACGCGCCAACUUCUCUUUCCACUUUUACAUUACAACUCAGUUCUUUCAGAGAUUAAUAUGGGAGAGGCACCAAGAAAGAAGAUCAUCGUAGCCCUUACUGGCGCGACAGGAGCUGCCAUUGGCAUUCACGUUCUCUCAACACUUCGAAGACUGAAUGUUGAAACUCAUCUCAUCAUUAGCAAAUGGGCAGCCGAGACCAUCAAAUACGAAACAGACUACACGCCAGCUUCAGUGAGAGCACUAGCAGAUCACGUCUACAACCCAAAUGACUUAGCCGCACCAAUUGCAAGCGGGUCAUGUCAUGUCGAUGGCAUGAUCGUUGUCCCCUGCUCGGUAAAAACGCUAGCAGCCAUCAACGCCGGCAUUUGCGAUGAUCUUAUCACUCGCGCUGCAGAUGUCUGCCUCAAAGAACGAAGGCGGUUAGUGUUAUCGUUGAGAGAAACGCCGCUGAGUGAGAUACACUUGCGGAAUAUGAUGGAGGUCACAAGAGCUGGUGCGAUUAUUGCACCUCCUGUUGUUGGAUUCUAUACGAGGCCUAGCUCGGUGGAUGACAUAUUGAAUCAAAUGGUCGGUCGGUUGUUAGACUUGUUUGGCUUGGAAGCUGGGAACUUUGAGAGGUGGGAGGGGAUGACGAAUGGGAAAUCUUAAGUGCCGGCUUUGUGAGUUUUCGCGACUUUCUUUUGCAAAUAGAUCCAUGGCUCGGGGCGCACGGAACAGGCAAUUUGGUACACAGUGACAAGCGCAAGUGAUUUGUUGGAAGAAAGAGACAGGCAUUGUUACCGCCGAAUGAACACAUGGGAAGUUGUGGGCUAGAAGUGUUAUUUGCAGUUGAGAUUUGUGGCAGUGAGCUUAUUCCGGCAGGGAACCUAGAACACA